GGCUGAACUGUCGCUGUUAUUCGGCCACGGUCGGUUUCAGGAGAGAGGGGCAGCCAAGAAGCGUAUUGGAAUCGACUGGAGGUGCUCGAGAGGACUCUCCGCGGAAAGAAAAAAAUAACAGAAAUUAAACGAACAAUGAACCCCAUCGAAUAAGGCUGGCUCAAAGAACUGCGGCCGAAUAUAUUUCACACAUUGCCACGUUAACAAAGCUGCUCGGUGAUACGUUACAGAUCACAGGCAGCAGAGAGAGAGAGAGCUGUGUCAUUGAGCAGGCAGGACACGUCAGGAGAAGGGAGAGAGAAAAAAAAAGCUGACCGACUGCACUGUGCGAGUCAGCCUCUGAAAAGCUCUGUCUGUCGCACUCAUCUUCUCCAGGACAGCACCUCGCUCUCAAAUCAAGAGGAAGAUCUCGACAAAGACAUCGCCAAGGUCGAAGGUGGUGAUCAGAAGGACCAAACGAUCACAGGAUAGCAUUUGUGUGUGGGGGGAGAAAACAAAUGGGGGAUUACGGGUUCGGAGUCCUAGUUCAAAACAACACUGGCAACAAGUCUGCGUUCCCGGUCCGAAUCCACCCGCAUCUGCAGCCCCCACACCACCAUCAAAAUGUGUCGCAGAGCCCAGCUGCUUUCAUAAACAGCACCACAGCUGCAGGGAAUGGCACCACGGGAGGCUCUCCCUGGCUCUUCCCUGCCUCUGCCACCCACAACAGUGUGCAAGAUGAAAUCCUGGGGGGAACAGAGAAGCCCAAAGCACAGCAGCAACAGGAAAUGCAGGAAACGCAAGAAAAGCAGCAGCAGUUGUCUCCUGGGAGUCACCAAGAUGGUGGGAGUGGAGGUGGGAUAAUUUCAGAACUAGAAAAGGCACGGUCAGAGGAAGCCAAGACAGACAACGGGACAUCUGAAGGAAGUAAUGGAAAGGAGAAGCAGCUACGUCUUGAGUCUCCAGUCCUGACAGGUUUUGAUUACCAGGAGACGUCUGGUCUUGGGGGAACUGGCCCGGUCCAGUCUAGUACAACUUCAUCGUCACUUACUGGCUUCAACAACUGGUCUGCUGCCAUUCCACCGGCACCAUCGACCAUCAUUAAUGAGGACGUGAGCUUCUUCAAUCCGGCUUCUGCCAAUAAUGGGCCCCUGCUGUUCCAGAACUUCUCACACCAUGUCAGUCCAGGGUUUGGUGGGAACUUCUCCCCCCAGAUAGGACCGGCGGCGGCCUUGUCCCAGCACCACCCUGCUCCCCCACCCCACCCCCACUUCCAACACCCCCACAACCAACACCAGCAGCAUCGGCGCUCUCCGGCCUCUCCACACCCUCCACCGCCCUUUCCACACAGGAAUCCGGCCUUCAACCAGUUGCCACAUUUGUCUAACAGUCUGAACAAGCCCCCAUCUCCCUGGGGUCCAGCCAGCUACCAGAGCCCCUCUCCCUCCCCUGGCUCCUCCACCUCCUGGAGUCCUGGAGGAGGCUAUGGUAGUGGUGGUGGCGGCUGGGGAGGCUCUCAGGGCAGAGAUUAUCGCCGAGGCCUGAAUGGUGGGAUGACACCCAUCAACUCUAUCUCUCCACUGAAGAAGACCUUCCCUAACAACCACGUGGCAUCCCAGAAGUACCCUCGAAACAGUCCCGCAGGCUUCAACCCCAAGUCCUGGGUGGAUGAUGGAGUUGGCCGCAGUGACAACAUCUUCCCCUUUCAGGAACGGACAAGGUCAUUUGACAGCUUUAACAUGAACACUCUGGAGAGUUCCCUGAUUGACAUCAUGAGAGCCGAGCAGGACACUCUGAAAGGUCGUCUUGGGUUCCCCCACCCAGGAGGGGACAACCCUCUGCCCCUCAAUGCCAGGAAUUAUAGCAGGAGACGAGGCCAUUCCUCUCUCUUCCCCAUGGAGGACGGUUUCCCCGAUGACGAGCGUGGCGAUCAGGGUCUCGCAGGCCUGGGUUCGCCACAUUGCUUUCCGCACCAGAACGGAGAGCGUGUCGAACGCUAUUCACGCAAGGUCUUUGUCGGAGGACUGCCCCCGGAUAUAGAUGAAGACGAGAUAACAGCCAGUUUCCGGCGUUUUGGACACCUGUUUGUGGACUGGCCUCAUAAAGCUGAGAGUAAAUCUUAUUUUCCACCUAAAGGCUACGCCUUCCUGCUGUUCCAGGAUGAGAGCUCUGUGCAGGCUUUGAUCGACGCCUGCAUCGAGGAGGACGGCAAGCUGUACCUCUGUGUGUCCAGCCCCACCAUCAAAGACAAGCCAGUCCAGAUCCGCCCAUGGAACUUGAAUGACAGUGAUUUUGUGAUGGAUGGAUCCCAGCCCCUGGACCCAAGAAAAACCAUUUUUGUAGGAGGUGUCCCGCGUCCUCUACGUGCAGUGGAACUGGCCAUGAUCAUGGACCGCCUGUACGGCGGAGUGUGCUACGCUGGCAUUGACACAGACCCGGAGCUGAAGUACCCCAAGGGAGCGGGGCGGGUCGCCUUCUCUAAUCAGCAGAGCUACAUUGCUGCUAUCAGUGCUCGCUUUGUGCAGCUGCAGCACGGAGAAAUUGAUAAACGGGUGGAAGUGAAGCCAUACGUGCUGGACGACCAGCUGUGUGACGAGUGCCAGGGAACUCGCUGUGGCGGCAAGUUUGCACCGUUCUUCUGCGCCAACGUCACCUGUCUACAGUACUACUGCGAGUACUGCUGGGCGGCCAUCCACUCACGCGCCGGCCGAGAGUUCCACAAGCCCCUGGUGAAGGAGGGCGGUGACCGACCCCGUCACAUCUCCUUCCGCUGGAACUAAGGUCAGAUGACAAAGAGAGGGAGAGGCAACAGGGGAGCAGGAGGGCAGGUAGUGCAGGAGUCGCAAAUCAUUGUACAAAUAAAUGCACUUUUCUGUU